AUGGAUUUUAUGGGCGCUUUUUUCCUAAACCUGAUUGCCAUCGGGACUGCUUUUAACUUAGACCGGAGCAACCGGCCGCCCUGGCUCACGUACAGCUAUGAUUUUCUUAUCCGCUGCAACAGUUCAGUGACGGGGAUCUCACUUGAUGGCAUUCCGACGGGGAUCUCACUUGAUGGCAUUCCGCCAGAGAUCCGGAGGGACUGGGUUGGUGUUUGUCGUCCGGAUCGGCUGACAUUGGCGUGGAUGAGGCGUACAAUGCUCCAGAAAGCCGGAGGCUGUCAGCAGCAGACAGCGGCUCAAACGAGGAAGCGAGGCCGGAGAGGAGGUGUCUGUCAGCAGCUGUGGAGACUCGGACUCUGCCGCUUGCCACUUCCCUCAAUUGUCUUCGGCAAUGUACAGUCUCUGAGGAGUAAAGUGGAUGAGCUUCAGGCGAACGUGAAGCAUAUUCCGGAGUACAGGAAUGCCUGUGUGAUCGUUCUGACUGAGACCUGGCUUAAGGAUUAUGAUCUGAAUCAGGAUUUUGAAAUUGACAGCUUCGGUCAGCCGUACAGGCUGGAUCGUGAUGCACACAUCACCGGCAAAUCACUGGGAGGGGGCGUGUGCCUGUAUGUUAAUUCUCGCUGAUGCAAGACUGUCAAAGUGAGAGAAUCUAUAUGUAGCCCACAUUGAACUUUUAUCCGUCUCACUGCAUCCAUUCUAUCUGCCACGGGAAAUUCCACAAAUCUUCCUAUCUGUGGUUUAUAUACACCCCAGAGCUAAUAUGGCAGAAGCAGCCUCCUCCAUUGCUAAACUUGUGCAUCAAAUGCAAAGUAUUUGCCCCGAUGCCCCACAUUUUAUUCUUGGUGAUUUCAACACUUGCAGUCGGAAAAACACCUUGGCCCCCUGUACCAACAUGUAAAUUGUCCAACACGAGAUGGGAAAACACUGGACCUGUGGUAUGGCACUAUGAAGGGGGCUUUUAAAUCUUUCCCACUGGCUCCACUUGGCUCCUCGGACCAUAACUGUGUCCUUCUUGCUCCUGUCUACCAGCUGGCCCUCAAAAGGGGCAAGGUUGAGCGCAAAGAAGUUGCUAUGUGGAUAGAGAGUGCUAUUCGUGAACUGAAUGGUUGUUUGCAGAGCACUAACUGUGAUGUUUUUAAAGAAUCUUGUUCCGAUCUAGAUGAACUGACCCACACUGUUGUGAGCUACAUCACCUUCUGUGAAGAGUCAAUCAUCCCAAGGAAGCUAAUCACAGUGUAUCCCAAUAAUAAGCCUUGGGUCAGUAAAUCCUUAAAAAACUCUCUCAAUAAGAAGAAGUUGGCUUAUUAUCAAGGAGACAUCACUCAAAAAAAAGAAGCACACAAACUAGUAAAAAGGGAAAUUAAGCUGGCAAAAAGGCAGUACAAGGACAAAGUCCAAGAUGAACUUAAAGCUGGUAAUUCUCGCUCUGCUUGGAGGGGAAUAAAAUCUAUGGUGGGAAUCAAGGACAGAAAAAGAGUGUCUAAUGCUGACAGAGCUGAAUUAAAUCAAUUUUUUUUAAGAUUUGUUUCAAAUGACUUUUCUGAUGAACUGUCCAUAUUCAGGGCUGCCCCAGUAAGCAGUCAGAUUCAGAUUGAUGAAAUCAGUGUGUGGAGCACUUUUGAAAAGGCAAAUGUAAGGAAAAGUCAGGGGCCCGAUGGCAUUAGCGGUUGACUACUUAAAUGCUGUGCCCCAUUCUUAAGUGGAAUCUUUGCAUUUAUUUUUCAGCAGUCUUUGUCACUUAAAGUUCCUUCACUGUGGAAAGAAUCCAUUAUUGUUCCCAUGGCAAAAGUCCCAUCACCAAAAAUACUGAAUGACUAUCGUCCCGUGGCCCUCACAUUAGUAGUAAUGAAGAGUUUUGAGCGCUUAGUGAAGAAGGGGUUACUUUAUAUGGCACAGGCAGUGAUUGAUCCACUCCAAUUUGCCUAUCAAUCCAGGAAAGUGGUUGAGGAUGCAGUGGCAACACUGUUGAAUUUAGUUGUAAAGCACCCUGAGGGUAGGAAGACACAUGCAGUUUUAUGCUUUGUUGAUUUUUCUUCAGCCUUUAACUGCAUGCAGCCAUAUGUUCUUGCUAACAGACUUUCAAAAAUACCCAGCAUUAACUUUGGAACCAUAUGUUGGCUCGUUGAUUUUCUGACAGCAAGACCACAGAGAACUUGUGUCAAUGAUUGUCUUUUUGAGACCCCGCUGUGCUCCACAGGCUCACCUCAGGGGCGUGUUCUGUCCCCUUUAUUGUUCAUGCUCUACACUAAUGACUGUAAGAGUAUGUUUGAUUCGAGGUUCAUCAUAAAAUUUGCUGAUGAUUCAUUUAAGAUAAAUGGACCACCGGGAGGCGCCAGGCGGAGGGAUUUUAUGCGAAAGGAAGUAGUUCCAAUCAUUCCACUUAAAAACAGAUCUGUCUUGUAAUAUUAAAUUAUCUUUUUUUAGCAUGGGGACUUCCCAACCUACCAGUCGUCCACACGACCGUUUUGGAGUCAUUUGAUCAAGUCAAGUCAAGAAAUCUUUAUUGUCCCCGAGGGGCAAUUUGUGGUGCAGCCAGCAGCAAAACAGAGGCAACAUUAAAAUACACAGCAAUAACAUGACAGGUUAAAAGGAUUAAAAAUAUACAAAAUGACAAUACAUAAGUGCAAUACCACGAUAAGGGACAGAAGAGAGGGAGUAAAGUGACCACAGUGCAUACUAGCUGGUAUUGUUCAGGAGGCCAGGAGAGCUGCGAAAACGCAGGAGAAACUCGGCCAUAUUGGAGCGGUUCCUUGUGCUCGCAGAGUCCGCACAUAAAGUGGAAUAAAAGUAUCCAGAGGACAGUGAUGCCCGUCAAACCAAUAUGGUUAAGCUUUAUCACAUGUGGAUCAUCUUAGGGUGAGUGUUAGUAAUGAUGUAAAAACGAGACAGGACAGGUUAGAAAACACAGAGCACACGGGAGCUGCUGCUGCCUGUCGCCAUUACCAGCGCCAAGAUGAGGCAUAUGAUGGCAUAUUUGAUUAGUUAAAUAGCCCGUGUAGGAGAAUCUCUUCAUACAUUUAGGUUAAGAAAUAUAGAGUAAUUAUCUUUUAGUAAGGAGCUACAAAUAAUCUAGGUUGGCCUGCUCCUGCAGCCUCAUGACCCUAGGCUGUCUUGCAGGAGCCCGAACUAUCUGUCUGUUGGAACAUCUAAUCUCUGCCAUGGGCAGCCCUCUGCACACACACACACACACACACACACACACACACACACACACACACACACACACACACACACACACACACACACACACACACACACACACACACACACCUAACAGCAUAAAAGAGAGUAGAAGAAAAGCUAGGGAGGCUUCCUUUGGUCUUGGUCGAGACUCUGUUUGUCAUCUGUACUGAUUUCUACAUCUGUACAAUUAAAGACGCCCAGGCUGUUCUUCAGAUCUCAUACUGUCUCCUGUGCAUUGUUUUACUGAGUUUAUGCUGGAUUUUCCACAACAUAAUGACGAGCUUUAGCCAGAAUUCAUUACGGGGGACAAGGGACCAUGGUUCUGCAAACUUCUCAUGGGAUAAGGACACUCUGUGCACACAAAAAGAAAAAGGUAGGAGAUUUCCUAAAAUUUAGUUGAGAGUUAUUUUCCCUGUGAGGUGGUGCGGACUACUGUUCUCUGUCCUCUUCGAAUCAAAGAACCUAGAAUAGAAAUAAGAGGAGACAGUGGGAAUGAAGACAGUCUGAGAAAACUGCAUGCAUGCAGUCAGCUGAUCAAAGUGUGCUAAAUUUGGGAGAGGAAGCCAAUUUAAAUUGAAUAUAUAUCAGCUGAAUAUAGGGGAAACUGCAGUUGGUUGUGUGAGACCGCCUCACGCUGUUAUACGUGUGAGACUAUAUGAAACUAGUAGACUGGGUGCAGAGAGGCACUUCGUCUCCUUCAAUGUGUGAGACCGCCUCACACUGCUAUAUGUGUGAGACUGUCAUAUGUGAAGCUAUAGACUGGGUGCAGAGAAGCACUUCGUCUCCUUCAAUGUGUGAGACCGCCUCACACUGCUAUAUGUGUGAGACUGUCAUAUGUGAAGCUAUAGACUGGGUGCAGAGAAGCACUUCGUCUCCUUCAAUGUGUGAGACCGCCUCACGCUGCUAUAUGUGUGAGACUGUCAUAUGUGAAGCUAUAGAUUGGGUGCAGAGAGGCACAAGGCCAGUAGUUAAGUGGAACUAGCUAGACUGGGUGCGGUGCAGCACAGGCCAGUAGUUUGGGGAGACAGCCUGGCCCGGGUUGUGAUGUGUUUUUAGGCUGAAUGCCUGGUGAUAAAAGGUUCUGGGUAAUUGUUGGGAUAACAAGGGGAGUGGCAGGCACGAGUGUGUCUGUCCAUUGUUGAACUGUGAGUUUUAGGUCAUUCUUUUAUGAGCUCUGAAAGGUGGUAGCCGACGGACGAGCAGAUUCAUCUAGUAAUACAUACGUGGAUUUUCUUUCUGGAAAACUCCACUAGAAAGGAGGAUUUGUCAUGCGGAGUUCCGCUGAGGCUUAAGAAAAAGCCAAAAGGAGAACGAAAGUGGCAUAUUUCCUUAUAAAUUCUGAUCCAGACUCUAGAGGGCCGAAUAAGUAUAAUGACGGAAUAUUACAUAUUUGAAAUGUACAUAUAUAUAUCUCUUUUAUAUAUCAAAGACCUCACAAAAUCAGUGUUAUAAUUGGACUUAAAUUACAGAUACAGAUUGGCUUGAUGAGCAGGAGAUAGAAAAAGAGGUCAAUAAGGAUCGGCUGAAAAGCCUAUUCAGGGAUCCCAAUUGAACAAGCACAUCCCAUAUCUCCUGACCAAUUGUAGAAAAAUCACACAAAUUGGAAAAAUCAAAACAAGAAUCAGGAAUAAAAACUGAGGACUGAUCCUCAACACAGGAAUUGUAGGAAUGUUAAAAAAGUACAAAACACUUAAAUUAAUUUAAAGUAAAAGACUGCUGACUGACUCCAGUGACUGACUUUGACUUCAAACACGUGUGAAAGGGUAUACCGUGUGGGUUGAUUGGAUCUUUGUGUGUGUCCGUUUUGCUCUGUGUCAACUAAGUUCUCUGGCAGUGUUCACAGCCAGACUCUGCAUCUCUGUGUGUGUUAUGUUAUUCAAAGAUUGCUGUGUUUUCCUCACUUGUGUUUAUUUCAUAGUUGUUUAUGUGAAUACUGUGCUCAUUGCGGACAUGUUAUCAGUUGAGACAUAGAAGGUUAAAUACUCCUGGGAAAGAGGUUCUGUUCCUAGUACCAUGAUGAACACUCCUGAUAUGAAGGUUUUAGCUUAUGCUUCAAUAUUAUUAUGAUUUUUUUUGUUGUUUACACGUCUUAUGCUCCUUAACAAAUUUUCUGUGUUAAAGCUGCUGAAAUAAUGUUUGUGAAAGUAUAAAAGAUACAAAAAGGGGAAAAAGAAAUGAGGUACCACAAGUGCAAAACUUCUAAAACUUCAAAUCAAAGGGUUGCUUCUAUACAUUUGCUGUUUCUGCCAAAAUACUGUGUUUUUUAAAUAUUAUUGAAGCUGUUAAUAUCAACACUGACUAUAGAACUUCAGUUAAGGCAAAAGCUUUAUACUGUGUAUUUUUUGGGAAUUUUACAAAACUGCUGGGGAUCGAGUUUUAAUGUGUGUGCUCAUUUGAAUAAUAAAUUCUACAAAAACCAUGACCAGAAAGGGAAGAUUAGUUUAACUCCAAUUGCAUUGGUAGGGUUUAAAUAUCAUGAACACUUAAAUGAUAUCCAAAAACUUACAAAAGAAAUGGGGACAUUGAGUCAAGGGGUUUGAAUUUUUAUGACCUAAAGGAGGCACAUCUGAUGUGACUGUGUGUGAGGAUUUGGAGCAGUGAAUUUAAGAGCAUAAACACAAAGAUAAAAGUAAAACACGCAAAAACAAGAGAUUUGGAACUAAAAGUACUGGACAUGUUCAAAAGUGAAGGCCAACACUAUUUAUGAAUAAAUUAAAGAUUAGGCUUGCAGAGCUAGAAAGCAAUAAGGAGAAGGUGGAGAAAAGAAAGUCACAAACAUGGAAAAUAGGUAAAACAGAAAAGAGAUUCUGCAGCCAAAUCUAGUAUCAGAAAACAUAGAAAAUGAUCCUUCUCUGUUAGGGAGAGUUAAUAUAAUAUGUGAUUUUGAGUUUGCUGAGGGAGACAAAGCCCACAACAAACCUUUGCCCGAUUCCCUGAGGUAAAGAUCAUAAGUAAUUGAUAUGUGAAUGAUAAUGCUGAUAAUGCUGAACAAUUAUAUCUGGCCCAUAAGAUCGUAUCAUAUUUGUAUUAUUAUUGGCCCACCAGUAUGAAGUCUAUAGAUUUCUUCCAGUAUAAUAAUGUAAACUAGAGGCUGUAUCAUUCACUUCCAUUCAAAGCGCUGUGCAGCCGGUCUGUCCCCCUCUGGCGUUCUCAAAACACCGGGCAGCUAUUAGCUUUUAUCUUCCACAAAUGCCUUUUUGUUCCUCAUAUCAGACUAAAAUAACUCCCAUAAUAUUAUUUUUUACAUUCCAAGUAUUUAUUUCAAAACUGUGCACUCUGGUUUUCAAGUUUGGCAUCUCAGAAAAAUUCCCUUUUAGUCACAUGUAGUCUCAGUAGUAUUUAAAAAAUGUGGAAAACUUCACUGAAAUUUUAAUCUGAUGGUUACCAUGAAUAAGUAAUCCAUCUUGGUGAUUCCCUAGACUCCCAGUACAUUUACAACUACUGAAUUACUUUUAUCACUACUAGUUGAAAAAUGCACACUUAUUCCUGUUCCAAACUUUGAUAUUUUCUGCCCUUAAACAUGGUAGUGAAUGAAAAAUGAUCCCGUGUCCAGCUACCUAAUUUCCUUGCUUUUUCCUUUAUGCCCUUCAUAUGGGAAAAUGCUAGGAAAUUAUGUACCGGUAUAUUUGUUCUGCUGUUUCAUGUGGGUUGAAUUAAUCUAAAGAUUAUUUGUAUAGCAAUGUGACACGAGUCAUUGGACAUAGUAUGGGAUAGGAAUACUAAUAUUUGGAAUUUGUGAGGAGGAAAACAGUUUGAACUGCAUUUAAGAUUAUUCCUAGACUUUGACGAUUACAAUACUUGAUUAUUUUAAUAUUGCCGAAAGAAGUAAUGUAUGAUUUCAGGCAAAAACACUGGGUCUGAAAGGAGGGACCGACAUCCAAGAGAGUGUUUGGAAUGUGAUGCAGGCCACAAUAACAAACUCCUUAGCCAAGAACAUUAAUAUGAGAGGCUUUAACGGGAAGAUUGGCUUCCAGCGCCUACGCAUAAGGGAUGUGGUGUUUGGUAAGUUUACCUUGAUGCCAGUACUGUCUUUCAUGUUUAAGAGUCAUCAAAAGUUAUUCACAUUUACAUUUGGGUUCUUAGGGAAUGAAAAAGAGAGGAUAAGAUGAGGAAAAAAGGAAGGGGAGAAAAGGGAGAAAAAAGGAAGGGGUGCAGGAAGAGAUUAAAGAAAAGGAAUAAGAAGAGACCAGAGGAGGGUGGAGGAAGACAAAGAGGUGAGCUGACAAGUAUGGUAGGGGAGAUAAAAACAACAACAUGAUUUUAUCUAUUAUGUCAGUAGAGGUAGUAGGACUCAGUUCUGUUUAUAGAAAACUGGUUAGGUGGUGGGAAUUAAAGGGGACCUGCCAUCAAAAUUUCAUACCCAUUUUUAUCAUUUUUUCAUAAUCCUUGAUGUCCUCUGAUCAUGUUUGCAUCAUAAUUUUAGCUGAAAAGUUAUUUGAUGGUUUGUUUUAGUAUGCCUAAAAAACCUUACAGGAAAACCAACAGAUUUUGGCUCAUUAACAUUUAUGAUAAUGAGCUUUGCUCUGAUUGGAUCGCUGCUGUGAAGCCUGCUGUGCUCUGAUUGGCUCAGCAGUGGAGGUUCGGAUUUCGGUUUAUCCAUUUUGCUAAUGUGUGCUAAAGUAAGGUGCCCAGAUGUCUGUAAUGAUAUCCGGGAAUAUUCGUUUCGGCGGCGGGGAGGGUGCAGGGGCUGCAGGGGCUGCAUGAUCACAGACAAAAUCUACUACUACUAUUUAGUAGCAGCGCAUGCCCCUUGUAAUAACCCCCGUAAGAACUUUUGUUCAGGACUGCUUACUUGUGCUUCCUACCCAUUCGGCUACUGUAAUAACCGUUGUUCGAGCCCACACGCAACAUUUUUGUUCUCAUUCAUGAAACGCUUAAAUCGGGGACAUUUUCGGGGACAGCUUUUGCCAGGGACAGGUCAUCUCAUUCGGGGACUGUCCCUGGAAAUCGGGGACGUCAGGUCACCUUAUGCUAAAGGCUAAAAAUGGCAGGUAUUAAACCAUAUAUUUUAGACCCCAAGUCCGAAGAGGAGGUGGAAGUUGAAGAAGAAGCCGGAGAGCUCCAGCUGUGUUUUCUCAUUCAUUCUGCCCAGCUUUUAGUUCAUUUUCCCGGCAGUGAACCCAAGGAAACACCGGUCGUUUGGAAGAGACCCAUAGUGGAUACAGCGGAAGCUGGGUCUCGCUCUGGCUGGAGAGUGAUGUUGACUGUGAAUGAGUAUGGGAACGAGAGAGUGGGCGCGGCUCACCGAGGACGCGCUCGUGAAUAAUAAUGAGCAAGGUCAGCGCGACGUCAGAAGGACCUGCUUUUUCAAUUGGCCUGGUUUACCCGUUUCUUUAUUUUAAACCUUUACAGAAUGCAAACGACGGAACGGUUUGUUUUCACAUUUACAACACAAGACGAACAGAAUAUGGACCUUAUCUGACACAAAAACACACAAAAUUACAUUUUUGAUGGCAGGUCCCCUUUAAGAAUGUUGCUCUACAUGUAUAGACUAAUUUUGCUUCAGUUCAGUAGAGUAGAACUUCAGUAGAAAGCCUUAUACCAAUUCAUGCCAUUGCUAUUGUGUUUUCCUAAAGAAAUUGUGGCAAACUGUGUUUUGGAUCACAUGGAGCCACACAAGAUUUAAAAUAAGCCGUCAUGUGCCUUCUUGGGUUCCAUACUACUCCACCACGUAACCUGGGAUGGGAUGGGACAUAACACUACUCAUUUUUAAACUGUGUGAUUGUGUGAUACAACGUUCAGUUUAGGCUUUCCGCAGUAUACCGUAUACACGUCAUUGCGGUGAAAUACAGUCACGGUGGCGACACCGUGAGAUUGCUGAGCUCAUGGUGUCGUAAUUCCAAUAUUAUGUAGCGCCGCCGGCGUGUAAAGCGCACGUUACGCCUCAACACAAGCGCGACUUGCCAUAAUAAAGAUAUCACUUCAGGUUCACAUUAACAUUAGUGGUCAGUCUGGGCUACAGUAAGACAGCAGCACCAAAAUAUUGAACCAUUUCCUACCUGUGUGAUGCUGCGGAGUGCUGGAAAAAACACGAUUGUAUAUUCCAUUAGUUCUGGGCAGGCUGCCAUGCCCAUGAUGAUAAUGCGCUGCCCCCCGUAAAUGGUUCAGUCCAACAAUCAAGCACCCCCCAGGAAAGGUAGUUUUGGUAUCAAACACACCUAAGGCGACGCCCCGCCAUAUCCACAUGAUCCAUUCCAGGAAGCGUGCACAAAGCAUGGCAUGAUGAUGGCAGACUCCUCCGAACCAGAGGCAGAGAUAAUAUGCUCGAGCGCGGACCCAGUUGGCCCGCAGCCCCCUCCUUCACCGGUUAGACAAGACACACCACACAGACAGACACACAUUUUGCUUAAAUAAAGCAAUGUUUUCUUUUGAGGAUGAUCCUUGUGUGCUUUGGUUGUCAUUUCAUAGCCCCUAGUAAAGUUUUUUUUAUUAUAUAUAUAUCGUCACCGUGAGAUACCGCGGUGUAUGGUACUGUCACUGUACUGUACUGCAAAAUCUCAAACCGUGGAAAGCCUAGUUCAGAUAUACUUUCUCCUAGAGUGCCAGCUCAUUACGGCAAAAUCUGCAAAAUUACAUGCCUUAUGUGUAGAUGUCACAUCAGAAUGUCACUAAGACCUGGUUAGUGGAAUUUGGUUAAUGGAAUAAUGGCUAAUGGAAUUCAUGUUUAUAUGUAUGUUCUAGCUGCCGUGAGGUGCAACAGACUAAUGAGUGGGGCCACUGACCAGGAAAUUGAUACCACUGUGAAGAGAUGGCUACACCUGGCCCCUGAUCGAGAUGGUGGGAGGAAAGAAUGGAUGCAGAGGAAGAGCAAUGAAGAGGAAAGGAGAAAUUAAUGAUGGCACCCAUUUGUAAACUCAUUCCUCUAGUUGUGGCCAUCUAGCUUUUAGCCUGCAAAGCUUUUUUUGUUCUAUUCAUUGUAGGAAGACUAACUCUGCUGCUUGAUUACUGUUUUCAGCUGCAUAUUUCACUACUUGUAACUUGUAAUCAGCAGAGUGUGAUUUUCUUUUUGGGGGCAUUUGUGUUCGUUAUUUAGAUGUCUUUAGAGUGUGUAAUGUACAGACAUUUUUACAUUGUAUUGUAUUGUUAUUGUAUUUAUAAAUAAAUAUUUGAUACUGUCAUUGUUUGGGCAUUUUGUUUUCUGGGCCAAAUACGACAAGUGAGUGUAUUGAAGAAUUGGCUUGAUACGGUUUAGUUAAGGCUGACAUCUGGAACCAGUUCUGAAACCUGUCUGUUCCUACUUAGGGCCAGCUGUGGUCAUACAGGUGGCUGACAUCUAGGAAAAAACAAAAACUUUUCUGGCCCAACACUAGGGCAGGACAGGGCCACAUAUGGCUAUAUAGGUGGCUGAGACAUGGCAAAAUCAUGGGCCAUAUGUGGCAACCAGAUGUGGCCCUCCCAAGUGCCGUAAUUCAUUGCGAUAUGUGGGCCGAGUGUGAGUGAGUUGUGUGGCCCACUACUGGGCCAGACUAAUUUUGCUAUGUGGGAUGUGUCUAAAACCAAAGACAUGAUUCUAGAUUUUAGAAAGAAUCCACCUGUCAAAGCUUUAACCUUUGUUAAUGGCAAAGAGGUAGAGAUUGUAAACCAGUACAAGUAUCUAGGCACCAUCCUGGAUGACAAACUUUCCUUUGAGACCAACUCAGAUGCCAUCUGCCAAAAGGCAAAUCAGAGAUUAUUUUAUCUGAGGAAACUGAGGUGUUCUAAUGUUGACAAAAAGCUUCUUUAAAUGUUAUAUUCGUCUUUUAUUGAGUCCAUUUUAACUUUUGCUAUGGUCUGUUGGUUUGGUAACCUCAGCAUCACAAAUAAAAACAAGCUGAGGAGUAUUGUCAAACUCUGCCAAAAAACUAUUGGCUUGAGUCUGAAUGAUCUUGACUCUGUUUUUAAAACCAGAGCCACUCAGAGGGCAAAGGCCAUUCUGGCAAACCCUCUCCAUCCUCUUCAUGCUGAGUUUCAGCUUCUCUCGUCUAAGAGAAGGUACACUUUCACUUGCAAGGCUAAAUCAUAUUGGUACCUUAAAUCCUUUGUCCCAACAGCCAUUGGCUUUUUAAACAAGCUGUAGGCAGGCAUGAUGGAAAUGAUGCACCCUUAGUUUGUGCUGACUCUGUGUAUUUAUAUAUUUACUGUAUUUGUGUGUGGUAUUGGAUGUAUGCAUUUCUGCAGUGUGAGGUAUUGUAAGAAUAUGUGUUUUUAACUUCUGUUGCAAACUGAAUUGCCCUUAGGGCACAAUAAAGAUUUUCAAAUCAAAUCAGAAGGCGACGGUUUUUAACUCCCACUUAAUCCGUACAGCACGUGAACAGAGACAACCGGUAGUUCUCAUCCUUCCUUCUCAAUAGUGCCACCGCGUCAUCCUGCUGUAGUCUUCAUCUAUCAAGGUAAUUGUGAUUAUAAUUGUGAUAAGCGCACAACAGGCGACACGCCACAACAUGUAUCCAUUUUGUCCGUUGCCACUUUACGGGGUGAGCACAGCAUGAAAAUAGUCCUUUCCAUGAUGUUACAUGGUGUUAGCCACGAUGUUAGCCACUAGCCGUAUGUUGCGAGCACUAAGCAGCUAUUUUUAGUUGAACCAGAGGCGAACUUGCUAGCUGCAAGUGUAUAUCUCUAAGUGUAUUAACUGUUCACAAAAAGAGUUUACCUGGAACUAACCAGUUGGUGGUUCAUGGGUUCAGUGUGCCGCAGAAGAUAUAUAUGUCAUGAGUCUAUUGGUUCCAAAUAAACUUGUUGUUCUAAAGAGUUAAUGUGCUCAAAAAUGUCUGUGUCACGCAAAGUAUUGUUAUAAUAAUGAGAAAAUAUCAAUUUUAUGCACUUGAUGGGGUUCUGCAAAAAUCCCAAUCUGUGCUGACUCAGAUUAUUAGUUGCUGAUGAUUAUUUAUUGCACUGAAAUGUGCCUGACACUGUGGAAACCUGCCGGUGAGGAAUCGGUGACGUAUGCCGGUACGCCGCUGGUCUACCAAAAUACUACUAGACUAGCUGCGCUCUGCCUGCGCUGAAAGCUGACCAGGUUUGAAUCGGCGAGCUUUCAGCGCACUUUACACGCCACUGGCAAGCACGAAAAGUGUCACUGCGCCCGCUGACUCUGUCAACACCUCCCCCUGCCACGCCACCACGCCCAGCUUGGUGGAUCUCGGUUCACCUCCGUGCGCCUCAGUCCACGAAAAUACCAAACUGGCUGUACGCCGGGCUCCGCCAGACGAAGAUACAACUGCGCGGGGUCCGCCACCCUCCGUUGCCUCACCAGUGUACACGAAAAUAGAGCCCUAAGAUUGAGAUUGAGAGGUCAGAUGUUUUUCACGACAAUGAAUUUGUGAUGCAAAUGGAAAACUCAUUUGAAAAUAUGUUGUUUUUUGGUGCAAAAUGCUUUAUCUAUGUGAACCAAUCAAUUAUGUGGAACUACUUUCUGCCUGUCGGAAACCGCACCAAAACUCCACUCAUAGGAUGCAGUGGGGGAAUAGUCACUGCUGAUAAACCACACUGGUGGAGAGGAGCUCAUACAACAUAAUAUCAAAAAAUCUGAAUUAUCCCUGUAAGUGCUGAAUGUAUUUGAAGCAGCUUCAAAAUGUUAUGUAAUGUCUAUCUUUGAAUUUGAAUUGAAUUUGCAUGAGUUAAAGCCAAUGUUAAGUGAAAUAACUGGAUUUUGUUGGAAGAUUUGAAACUGAAUUAAAUAAAAGCUCUAUGCUACAAAGUCAUCUCAUUAUGAAAUUGAAACUGUAAAUAUUACAUUGAAUAGGUUUAACAGUAAUAUUGUUUCCUGGAAUAUGAUAGUUAUUGUAAUAUAACCAGUGGCGGUUCUAGACCAAAUUACUCCCCGGGCGAGCACCCCUCCAAUGCCCCCCCCCCCCCCCCCCCCCCCCACACACACACACACACACACCACACACACACACACACACAAAAAGAGAUAGAAUUUUGAACAGAUAGUUUUGUAUUACUAUGUAGUAUUAUUAUUAUUAUUAUAACAACAAAAAUAAAAUAUUUCUCAAUUGCAGAAAUCCUUCAAUAGAAAAAAACACAAUCCUGAGGGCCAUUUUGAGAAGGGCCCCCAGAUCCUGAGGUUUUCUGAAGUGUUGAGGUUUACAAAAAAGCUGCUAUCUCUGCCUCUGUAGUAGAUAGAAACAAAAUUCAAAAAGUAUUUGAGAGCUUAAACAUGUGGCUUUCAAGAAAGCUCUCUUUUAGUUUUGCGAACCUUUAUCACAUUUUUGAAAACCUUGAACAAACAAACUUAAACGAAAUAAAGCGGCUGUAUAAAUAAAAGUAAAGGCUCUGCACUGGAGAAUGACAAAUAAUUUGUUUUCUGUAAAACAAGUGGCAGUCAUGAUAAAGUGUCCAUUCAAUACAAAUGUAAAUAUAGAAAAUAAGGUGUUGAAAGGGUAUACAGCUGCCCCAGUAUAGUGCCAGUACAAAAGCAGAACUAAAAACUAAAAAAUGAAUAAAUAAAUACGUGGCUGACAGUGUGUUCAUCUCUGUUCUCACCCAAAGUCAUGCAACACUCACAGAAAACGCUGAUAGUGGGCAGGGGACAAAAUCCCCCUCUGGAGCAGCAUGUAGCUUUAGCGUUUACCCGUGCGGUGACGCGCCUCUUUUGGCUCAAAUACGGGACGUCCCGGCUAAUGCUGGAUGGUCGGCCAUCCUAUUAAUUAGCAAAGGCUUCAGAGAAGUUUUAGAGCACCAAAAUCUUACAUUGUAGCAGAGCUCUGGUUGUAAUUUUUUCUACAUUCAUAUCUUCCUUCUUAAGUGUGACCCUCCUUGAAUAAUACAUAGGAUGUGUCGACUAGGUCGCUUCAAGUCGCGUUUGGUCUGAACGCGGCUAAGAGUUUCUUGCGGAGCCUCUCCCUCUGGGUCAGACUCUGGCUCAAACUGGUAGGGUUGUACGAGCGAUCUUCUUGCAGCCAUGACCGAGCCAGUGUAAACAUUAGCACAUGGCUAUCGGAGCACAGCCACAGCCCCUUCCAGAGAGAUGGGUGUAAAGUGGACGUGGCUUAGGUGCAGCUCAUUUCAUUAAAGAGACAUGGCCAAAAACGGAGGAUUUUAAGCGGAGCUGUUUUUAGCUGAUAAAAAGAGCACUAAAAUAAUUGAUCCAAAUCGAAUUUUGACCGAAGGACGUCACAGACAUGCUUUUAACACACCAGGGGACUAUUUUAAGUUGUGUGAAAUUGGCAUGCCAUGGGACCUUUAAAUCAUCACAUUACAUUUUUUAGAGAAUGGAUGUUGUUGUGCAGUGUAUGACAGCCUACUCCUUUAGAAUUAAAACUGACUGCUGGUCAUAGUGCUGUCACAGGUUUGAUAAAUGUGUAAUCCAUAAUUCUGCAGCCGUUGGAGUUAAAUAGCCUAAAUUAUAAAGUUGUAAAGGUGGUGUCAGUAAAGUGCCCCCACCACCACCACCACCACCACCAUUUGGAAUUUGCACCACGUACAUAUGCAAUCAAAACUAAACACUGGUUUCUUUCCCAUCGUUGUUUGUCAAGCCCUGCCAAUCACUGGUAUUGCUCUGUUACUGGGUAACAAUAUAGCCAGUGGUAAAGUGACUCCUGCGCUGGAAGUGUUGGAUUCCCCUCAACGCAUCAAAGCUGGUAAUGAAACACAUGCAAAUUCCGAUUUAUACCCUGUUUGGGCAGUCACUCGCGCCCAAGCACUCAAAGAUAAAAAUGAUUAUGUGUCUUUGUCUGACAGUGUGCUUAUGUCUGCUUUUUCAGAUGAUGUUAACAUGGAGAAUGAGACAGAGACUGCGGUGGUGUUUCCCUGCAAUGUUACCGCCAAGCUGGUGCACGCCACCAGCCCAGAAUAG